AUGAAGCUUCUAAUACCUAUUUUUCUGGCGCUACUUGGCAGCGCAUCGGCAGCCUUGAACGUUACGGGCUCGACAUGUACCGUGACACCAUUGACGACUGGCGUUAAUGGAAAGGAACCAGACGAUACUCCCCAGAUCCUAGACGCCUUCAAGCAAUGUGGAGUGAAUGGCAAAGUAAUCCUGACCGAGGGAUUGUUCCAUAUCGGACAGGUGAUGGAUCUUAAGAAUCUGCAGAAUGUUGACGUAGAGAUCCAUGGAACAAUGCGAUGGUCCUCUGAUAUCCAAUACUGGCUGCGCAACAGCAUCGGUGUUGAGUACGCGCAGCGGUCGACUGCGUGGCGUAUUGGCGGACAGGGCAUAAGCAUCCGCGGGUUUGGCACGGCGCUCUUCGAUGGCCAGGGUCAGCUGUGGUAUGAUCAGAAUAGGAGCGGGAGUAACCAAGCAGGGCGACCGAUUAGUCUAACACUCUGGCACGCGAAGGAUGUCUUUAUUGACGGAAUUACAUGGACACAAGCCCAGUUCUGGCACACUUUCGUUGCCUACAGCGAGAAUGUCACCAUGACAAAUCUCGAGAUGAAUGCAACCUCUAAUUCCCAAUGGAAUACGGUGAAUACGGACGGUACCGAUACCUGGAACUCGAAGGAUGUGUUAAUCAGGAAUUGGACGGUAACAUGUGGUGAUGACUGUAUAGCCAUCAAAGGCAACAGCACCAACAUCCAAGUGUACGACGUGCACUGCUACGAGUCAGGCUGCGCCACGAUCGGAUCAUUAGGAAACCCGAGCAACGUAGCAGACUACGUCGACAACGUGAUCUUCGACAACAUAACAUGCACGCACAGCUCGAACGCAGCCUGGAUCAAGACGUACAGCGGAACAGGCCAUGUCAAGAACGUGACGUUCUCCAACAUCAAGUCCGAGAACGUGAACCAGCCCAUCUACGUCACCUCGUGCAUCUACUCCAACAACGGCUGCGAUUCGAGCCGUCUCCCUAUCUCCGAUAUCCGCUGGAUCAACGUGACCGGGACGUCGCGGUAUAACAUAGCCGCUGCCAUGCAUUGUAGCGCCUCGAGCCCAUGUUCCGGGUUCAGCUUCGAAAACGUCGAGAUCACGCCGCUGGACGGCAAAAGUACGCCCAAGUAUCUGUGUAGUAACAUCCAAGGCCAGGACGGCUCCGGAAUCCCUUGCACGGGGACUUGUCCGGCGGGCUGGCCGCAGCAGCUAAGCGGAAACCGUUAA